AUGUGGUCAGGUGUAUCAAUGACGUGGAUCGGACCCAACCAACUCCUCGAGGAGACUUUUAUCCGAGAUUUCGAUUCUUCUUCGUCGGAGGCUAAUCUGAGGGCCAUUCGGAGUAUCCGAAAUUUCAUCACCGCCAAUCCGGUCAACAAGCGAAUUGUUGUCGAAAACGACCUUAUCCGAGGGAGAAUUAUGUCUCUCACUGCGGCUUUUUCAACAACCGCCGACUAUUCGUCCACCUUCAAGAGGAACUUCCUGUGUAUGUACGCCAGCUUCUUGCGUGAAAGCUCUGCUUUCGCUGAGGAAUUGUGCAAGCAGAGGGACUUUCUAAAUGACCUCCUCGAUGCAGUCAAUACAAGCUGUGGAAGCUCUGAUCCCCCAUUGCGUGAGGCAAUCAUGCUCUUCCUCAAAACUCUCUUCGAAGCUGACAACCUAGACCAGGACUUUGAAUCGUUGCCUGCGUUUAAGAAAAUCACCGCUCUGGAGAUUUUCACGAUUGAUCGGUUAACUGAUCUUAUCCACCUCAACGAGGUGCUUUUUGAGGCAUUGCGAAGGGGCGUUGAAAGGGUCCAAGGCAGUGCAAGUGCGAGCGCUCUCGUUUGCCUCACAAAACUGCUCGCCCUCCUCUCCUCGUGCGCUACGCUAGCGGAACGAGGAGGCGCGGCGCUGCUGCGCAUGGCCCAUCGCGGCGUCAUGGCCACUGCCUGUCCACGCCAUGCACCUCUCCAGCGCCAGGAUCGCGGUCUCAUUCUUCCUUUCGACUUGGCAAAUUCGGCGCCCUGUCCCGAUGCUGCUACCCACGCAGUUGCCAGGUUUUCGCUCAAAAUAUUAUUCUUCGCCAUCUACCAUGUCUCCUUGGCGUUUGAAACGUUUAAAGGUGUGGUGUGCGAAACGGACCCGCGAGCUCUAAUUUCCAUUUACUCUCAUCUCUCCCAACCCUACUCCCGCUGCCAUCUGGGCCUUCGGGGUGGGUCGAAGAUAAGCUCACUCUGUCGCCACCGCGAGACGCACAGCGAUCACGUCAUCUACCGUCUCAGCGACCGAUCUCUCGAAGAGAAUAACAGCAUUGUUGAAAAUGGUAUCUAUGACGAUGAAGAGACAGAACCCGAAGCGGAGAUGGUGGACUCACUGGGUCUUUGUUCUCCCGACGGAGCUUUUGGCCUCUCGGGCACUGGAGACCGCACCAUGUGUCUCCUUGUGGGCCUACUAAGGGGUGUUCUGUUCUGGCGUUGUUGCUGCUCCCCUGUUGCCAUCGAUUCCUCCUCAAGAACCAACACCGUCAUUGUUGCCUGCGACCGCUUUGGUAGGGAGACUCUGCAUGCUGACGGGUUGGGUCUUUCAGACGAUCAGAUCUCCCUGAAGAUUCUCCAGCCGCUGACGCAAAAUAGCCUGCCCUUGAACGGCACGGGCGUGAACACGUGGGCCUGCCACGUGGUGGUGUUGGUGCUUAAGCAGCGUCGAAGCCUCCAUCACCACCUCCUCUACAGCCAGCUCCUCACUUCUGAAUUUGAUGACACCGUUUCCUGUCUACUGAAGGCUCUCCAACCUACCUGCGACUACGAUGACUACGCCGACUUCCUGGAACAACUCAUCCCAUUUUCUCGACUUUUUGCCUGCCUCGUCUCUACAUGUGAAGACGUUCGUGUCCGAAUUGGUGAUUUGUCGAUGAUCAGAGCUCUCAUUCAGAUGUUUAUCACGCAUCCCUCCUUGACCACCAGCACCUCCGCUGCAAGCCUCAAUCUUACGCUUGCUGUCUGUCAACUGCUUCACGGUUUGUCACGAUCUGCUGUUUUGCUUCACACCUUCUUCAGCGAUGUUUCAAUUGUGAACUGUUUGAUUGAGGUAUGCACUCGUCUUCUACCCACGGUCUUGACUGAUCCAAUUCACGCGGAAAUCGUGCUUGCUGCUUCCUCAACUCUAGUCAAUCUCCAACUCAGUCAACUCCCCGAUCUUGAUGUAAGGUUCCAGACGUCUCGGGUCAAAUGCAUUGACAUUUUUCACUCUCUCGCGAAUGUCGGCAGUGUGGAAGUGGAAAUUGCACUCUCCCUCCGUCUGAAUGGUGUCUGGGGUCUUGCCAGUGCGGCAGCUAUUGCUGCCUCUAAUCGACUUGCUAAUCGUCUGGAGGUUAUCGAACGUCUAGACGCAUCUUCCAUCGUCCCAGAGCUCAUCUCUCAAUGUAGUGCUCUCCUCUCGCCGCUGUUGCCUGUUGGUGGUUGGUCAGUUUCAAGUGGCGUCGAUUUUCAACUUAAAAGUGGUCCUUUGCUGUCACGUCUUCCCCGAUUCCGAAAGGAACUUCGUUAUAACCAUGUACAAAUGAUGGACUACAGUGAACGCGUUUUCUCCCUCCUGGCGAAAGUGUUAUUGUCGAACCACUCUGUCAGUUCCAAGUAUGAGGCGAUGGUAGUUCUGGCUAAUCUUCUCACUAAUGCUGACGCUCGUAGUCAGUUUUGGUACCAAAGUGAACUCAUUGAAGCUCUUGCAAAAACCAUUACGCCGGAUGCUGAAACAGCCCUUCUUUGUGGUGUAAUACUGGUGAUCGUGAACAUUCUGGAAGCUCCGGAACCUCUGGCGACUUCAGUGGGUGGAGAUUCACCGGGUGAACUUUUCACCCAAAUCCUCAGUCUCCUCCUCUUUGAUGAUUCCCGGAGCUAUCGCACUGGCUACAAAGCAUCCUCUUCUUCCUCUUGGUGUCGUCGUUCAUCGUUACGUUCAUCACAACGCCGAUCUGUUGCCACCACGACAACCUCUUCUAGUCCCAGUCGGCAAUCUCCCGAGGCCAUGGAAACCACUCCGGAUACUUCUAUUGAAGCCUCAAAACCAUCGCCACCUCCUGCGAUUGAAGCUGAACCCCAAGACAAACCCUUGCUCCGUCUACUAGGCAGCUUUAUUGAUAUCUUCCUUGUCUACUCGGAAACGAGUACUUCUUCUGGGUCCUCCACUUCUGCUGCCACCAGUAGCAGUAACUCGAAACAAGUAUUUCGAGAAGUCUGGGACUGGCAGUACCAGUGUGGCCGUGGUGGUGACUCCGAUGACGAAAGACCACGAAGACGGAGAGGCAAAAGAUUUGCCACUGUAGCCACCUCCACCACCACCUCUUCCCAUUAUCGCAACAGCUGCCCUCUCCUCCACCGACAGGAGGCCAAAUUUACUCUUGCUAAGAGCUUCACAGACGCCGCGGGGACCGCAGGUGGGUUGAAGAGCCUACUAACAAGUCUGGUUGGGGAUGUUGAAGAUGAACCGACUUCCCCAUCACCACCAAGGAGGGUGGAAGCAUCGGCGGGUAAUGCAAUCUCGGAGGAGGGUGAAUUUGAGGACAAUUAA